UCACGCGAUCAGACAAGUGACGCUAUCUCGAAGACAGCUCUGCUUCACAGACACGCCUCAGUGCUAAUCACUCGCAACCCACUGGACAACGAUCGCCCAAUCGGGUUCAUGCUUUGGCCUUGCCUGUGUGGUGGAGUGGCACAGGUGAUGUUGAUGCCGACGGAUCUCAAUCCACACGGACGCCGUCGCUAUGAGGUCGCCUCUGCACCUAACGGAUUAACCAGAUGUAUUAGUGACUACGGCUAUGAUGCAAGAACGGGCCAUGUUCCAUGGAUGAUGUCGGCAUUACAAAGAGGUGUUCAGGAUCGACCUCGUGUCAUCACUGGAUGA